AUGAACUUGGAAUUAUCAUUAUCUUGUUGUUUUCUUAGUACUUGCCAAUUCUUGCAUUGUUUUAUAGGAUUCUUUCACAAGAAACAACAUUUUAUAAGGUGUAAAUCAACACUUGAAGGAGCACAAGCUAAAUGGCACGGAUCGGUCGGAGGUAUAGUCGAUGCACCAAUCAACAAAGUGUGGAGCGUAGUAUCCGUAACCAAAAGAUUAUCAGAAUGGAUGCCAAUGGUCGAAAACUGCACGGAUCUAGCCGGAGACGAAGGAAAUCCAGGGUACGUCCGAUUGGUCUCGGGAUUCAUGUUCCCUCAAAUAAAUGGUGAAAGGUCAUGGAUUAAAGAAAAGUUGAUAUCUAUAGAUAGAAAUGAACAUAGCUAUGUUUAUAAGAUGGAGGCAAGUAAUGUAGGGUUAGAUGGUUCUAUAAAUACUUUGAAACUUGUGGAUUAUGGUGAUGAUUCUACAUUAGUAAAUUGGUCAUUUGAGAUAGAUUCUUUGGAUGGUGUUUCUGAAGAUAAGAUCAUGGAUUAUCUUGGAUUUCUUUAUAAAUCUUGUAUUAACAGGAUUAAGGGUGCCUUGGAAAUUACCAUCUAAAAAAAUA